AUGCUCGCAAAGCAUGUGCGCGUCAUUAUUGUUGCUAUCGUCGUUUUUAUUCUGUUCGCCGCGUGCAUUUGCAUUUCGUUGGCUGUGAUUUUAACCACAGUCCAUGAUCAAUGCACUACAACAAUCUCGGUAACAACAGUAGCGACAAUAACAGUUGCGACAACAACAGGAGUAACAACAGUGGCGACAACAACAGGAGCAACAACAGUUGUGACAACAACAGGAGCAACAACAGGAGCAACAACAGCAGCAGCAACAACAGUUGCGACAACAACAGGAGCAACAACAGUAGCAGCAAUAACAGUUGCGACAACAACAGGAGUAACAACAGUGGCGACAACUUCAGUAGCAGCAACAACAGUUGCGACAACAACUACAGCAAGUAAAGCUUCGUGA